AAUAAACCCUUGUUGUCUUUUUGGCUAAGAUGCUCAGCCAAGUUUACUCGCGUUCCUGAGCAUUUUAAAGUGAUCACUUCGCCCUAGAUUUACAGACAGUGCGCUGACGCUCGGAUGCUGAUGGCAGACAAACCAAACAGUGAGAGUACAGGGCAUGAACGUAAGCAAACCUGUGAUUAAAGCACCUGAUUCUUUCCACAGGUGAGGUUUGCGCUGGAAUGUAAGGAGAGCCGUGGGCCUCACCUGCUGCUGCUGUUGCUGGGAGUGUACAGACAGAAACAGGGAGGCACGGUGGAAGGCGAGUGGGCGGGGUUUGCUCCAUUUUCUCUAUCGGUCCGAGAAGUUAGCACCAAAUCACAGGAGUCAGGUGUACCUGGAGAAACGCCGUCGUUCAGAGCAGCACGUUUGCGGUUUAUCCCGGAUUUACCUGCCGGCGAGAAUGCGCCAAUGAUCCGCUGAAGCCGAGAAUCGUAGCUACGCAUCAACUAAUCAAUAACAAUGAAGAAGGGGUCGCUGAAUUUUCUGGGUCGAAAGAGUCAUUCUCUUUUCGACACCAAUGUCAAAAUGAAGGAGAUGGACAAUGCAGAGUUGGUCCUGGGGUCAUCUGCAACUCCUGAGUCAGGGACUGCGAGCGUGCGGGCCAGACCCACAGUAAAGCAUUAUCCUUCCUCGUCUGAGAGUUUCCACGGCUUUGCUGUCCCAACGCCAAAAGUCCCUCUCCUCCCCCCUGUCAAUGGUCCAAAGAUCAACGGUUCAGUUGGUGGAGAUCUGUUGUCCAAUGGCUCCGUUACUUCAGUGCCUAACCUUGAUAAAGGAGAAAUAUUUGUUCCUCCUCCUCCUUCUGUAGCACCUCCACCACCUCCAAGUGAUUUUAUUCCACCUCCACCAGACUUCCUGGGUGAUUUAAACACUCUAGAUCCAGCAACCCUACAGCCUCCUUCCAUGCCCGCACCAAACCCUCCUUCAGUAGAACCAAAGGAUUUAUCGUUCCUAAAACCACCACCAAUGGCUCCACCAAAGCCUCCGUCUACCACUUCUACUGGCUCUGCAUCAUCCAUACCCAUCUCUAGUCCGCCGUCAGCUCAAAUUCCAGAGCAUCCAAAAUUUGCUGCCCCACAGCCCCCUACUGAAAGGCAACAGAAGACUCAGAAGAAACCUCCUCCAAAGCCCAUUAGAAUUUCCUCAGUCUCCAACUCUGACUCCCCCCCACAGACUCCUGCACCACCACCCCCUGUGCAGACACCCACAUUGUCCACCUUCAAUCCCCAAAACACAGCAAAGGUUUACACUGCUCCUAAAACCUCAUUUUUCAAUGUGCUUGAAGACCGUGACAAAAAACCUAAGCACAUGUUACUCCUGGAAGAUUCUGGGUCUUCCAGCUCUGGCCCUGUUCUUGUUCAGGUGGAUGGCAAUGCUCCCAAAGUGCCUACACUAUCUAAACCAGUUCCCAAUGUAAAGGAGCUGGAGGAGAAUUUACAAGUUGCCCAACCUUCUGAAUCUACCCCAUUUGAGCAAAAGACAGUGACUAAGACAGAGACUAAGACAAAGGCUAAAACAGAGACAAUUUCAGUGCAACCAGAAAUAACCAACCCAGUGCAGCCACCGCUUCAGAAGUCUCUACAGCUUGAUGAAGUUGACAAUACUCUGAUUAAUUUAGAGACCAGCAAGGACAAACUUGGAGAGAACCAAAUUCCAAAAGCAGAAAGUCCAAAAGCAGAAAAUUCUAGAGAGUACCAAAGUCCAGCCCCAGUCAAACCAGGAGAGUACCAAAGUCCAGCCCCAGUCAAACCAGGAGAGUACCAGAGUGCAACCCCAGUCAAACCAGGAGAGUACCAAAGUCCAGCCCCAGUCAAACCAGGAGAGUACCAAAGUCCAACCCCAGUCAAACCUGGAGAGUACCAAAGUCCAACCCCAGUCAAACCUGGGCGGUAUCAAAAUCCAAACCAGAAAUACAGUCCGAUAUUGGAUCAUAAACUACGUAGCCUGAAAGGAAGUGAAACCCACGGAGCACGAGACGGCCAUGCGGCUUCUCCACUGGCUCUUCUAAAGGCAGCUAAAGAAAGAGAGAAAAACAGAACGACGCACUCUAUUUCACGGGAAAACAGUGGAAAGAACAAUGAGCAGCCAAGUAUUCACUCAAGUGACCUUCCAAGUUCUGGCUCUUCAGCUGUAAAAUUGACAGAAAAAAUAUUACCAGAGACUCCAAAAUCCUUCAGUCCAGUAGACCGUCCACAAACAAAUGAUGCUCCUGAAACUUCAAGCAGUCAUGCACUGGUCAAUGGUCAGGCACCAUCUACCAGUCCAGCUCUCAGCAGGAUCAUAGAAACCCCUACUGUUAGCAAAAAAGCAGAGGAGAGACAAAAUGCAUAUCAAAGCAGCUCACUGUCUCAGACUCCAAAACCUGAGGGCAAUAAAGAUGGGUUCAGCAUGCCAUUACUGCCUCCACCACCAGAGUUUGAUGAUUUAAACAAAAUUAUGGACCUGCCACCUUCCAUCAUUCCACCGGACCCUCCCACAAAAAAGGCACCAUCACCACCUGUAACCUCUCUUUCUCCUGCCUCAGUUCAGUAUCCUUUGAAUAAGACACAGCCCUCUGCAAGUCCUCCCUCUUCAGUUCCACCUCCUCCUCUGAAGACAGCACCCACAGCUUCAGUUCCACCUCCUCCUCUGAAGACAGCACCCACAGCUUCAGUUCCACCUCCUCCUCCGAAGACAGCACCUCCAGCUUCAGUUCCACCUCCUCCUCCAAAGACAGCACCUCCAGGUUCAGUUCCACCUCCUCCUCUAAAAACAGCACCUACAGUUUCAAUUCCACCUCCUCCUCUGAACCCCCAACCUCCUAAUGUCCAACCAAAGGCACAAGUCCAGACAAAACCCAAGCCAGACUCCACUCAGCCAGCACGCACUCUGGAACAAAGACAUUUUGAUCUCCAGUGCAUCCUAAAAAAGAAGCUGGAGGAAAUGGCCCCCAAAAUGUCCCACCAAAAGGAAGACGUAGAGCCUUCCUCUGAUGAAUGGGAGGCCAAUGACCAGCUGAAAUCACCAACUACCAAAUAUCACCAGAAAGCAGCAACUCUGGACAUGAGGGAGCUGCAGCGUAAAGUGGACAAAAAAUAUUCAGAUAACUCGUCAACAAAAGUUUUCAGCAGCAAUGGACCGAAGUCUAAAUAUCAACAUGGUAUGACUUUCACAGUUCGGCCUGGAACCAAAAAUCCUAUUACUUAUCAUGAAUAGCGGGGAUUAUUAAGGGUCUUUGGAUUCUUGGACAUGUUGGGAUCUUCAACACAGACUAUGGGAUUCAACGUGUGUGAAACUAUCCUUUUAUCAGCAGCAGUGUGUACCACAGCUGAAAAAGGCAGCUUCACACAGAUUAUUUACACAUUAGUGGGUAGCAAAUAUGUUAAGAAUGCCAGUUGACAAAGGACUGCCGAGUCGUAAAGGCGAACGCGACACGGUCACUGUCAAAUGGUGUUUUCUUUUCCAUUGUGUCACAGUCAGAAAGAAUGUUUUAAACAUUUGUGUAGUUGCUGCUAAUUAUUUAGUCUUAAGCUAUAUUUUGCUAUAUGUUGACUUUUUAAUCACAGCGUUGGGUAAUAUUAUUGUAUAGGUAAACUCCAUUAAUAUUCAAAUAAAAAAAGUUAAAAGUUUUUUAAAAAGUCUUUUAUUGAACAAUGAAAAAUUAUAAUUGUAAAAUAUAGUAAUUUGGAGCAUAACUGUUAUUAUUUCAUGCUGUAAUUACCUGCCAAAUAAUGGGAAAUGUUCUUUCACUGUUACAUCUUGAUUAUGAAAGUCUUAUGGAGCAAACUAGUGGAGGUCUAGUGUGAUUCUCACAUUUAUUUAUCCCAUCAAAUCCUUUAUGGUUUGUAUAGGAUUUUCUAUACCACUACAGUAAAAAGUGUUAAUCUAGUUACGUAUACAUUGUUAUUGAUGGAUAUAUCAAUUUGUAUGAUAUGAAAAUCACAUUUGGACAUUGCAAGAUGUAGUUAUAUGUACAUGUUAAAGUUGUAUAUAGAAAGUCAUCAAAUUAAGAUGUUCAUCUCACUGGUUUCUCUAAGUAGGAAAUAAAUGUAACAAACAGCUGAGUAUUUAAUUGAAUUGCAUUGCGUUUUUUUUCACAACCCCAUUUCCAGAAAAAGUUGAUACGCGGCUUAAUUGUAUGUAAAAACACUGCAGUGAUUUGCAUCAUCCUGGUAAUUAAAGCUUUUAUCUGUG